CCUGUCAGAUUGUGUGGAUAUUUAGGCUGAGAGUUACUUCAAGGCAGUUCCCGGACCCUCAGGACUCGUUUUGGUUGCCCUUUCCAGACAAUUUAAGAUGAAUCUCAACUACACGUCACCUGUCCCACAAAUGCCAACACAACGGUCUACGUCGUUCUUUAUUGAAGAUAUUUUGUUGCAUAAACCAAAGCCUCUCCGCGAGGUUUUUCACUCGUCCUUUCCCAGCACUUUCACGUCUCGGAUGCCUCUUCUGGAUUAUGGAUAUCCUCUGAUGCCGACACCAAUUUUGGCGCCCCAUCCACAUCACCCCCUUCACAAGCCUGAGAAUCAUCCAUACUUUUUCACAUCAGGUAUGCAAAUGCCUGCCCUCUUUCAGCACCAUCCAGAGUUACCAGGAAAACACUGCAGACGCAGGAAAGCCCGAACCGUCUUCUCUGAUUCCCAGUUAUCUGGACUGGAGAAAAGGUUUGAGAUACAGCGGUACCUAUCCACGCCCGAACGCGUAGAGUUAGCCACAGCGCUAAGUCUCUCGGAGACGCAGGUAAAAACGUGGUUUCAAAACAGAAGAAUGAAGCACAAAAAACAACUGAGGAAAACCCAAGACGACCAGAAAAACCCAAGCGAAUUAGACAGAUCUGUGGAAAACUCUUGUGAAAGCGAAAUUAACGAAAAGUGCCCUGAUGAUAUUAAACAUGGGCUGAGUCCGGACACAUACAUACUGGACGAAAACGAGGACGACGUUGAUAUUGAAGAUGACGUGUGUUCACCUGAACAUCUACUAUAGCCUAAUGCAAGUGAUUUUUGAGACAAUAAAACUAACCGCAAUGUACAUAGUUCAUGUCUUUUAGAGAAAAUUAUAUACUUUUUUAUAAUGGGUUAUUAUUGCUUCAAAAUGUCAAUAUUUAUUGGAGUGGUUGUAAAAAGUAUACGUGAAGUUGUG